AUGGAUUGUCCUGGUGCUGAAGUGGAAUGGGAAGGUCUGGACACCGACUUGGGGAACAUCAUUUCAGACCAGGAACAGAGCAUCCUAACGCUGAGCAGUGCCACCAUUAACAUGGAGGGGACAAAGGCGUGCUCAGGACAGUGCCCUCAGGGGGUGUCCUCUGUGGCCAAGGUGGAGCUGAAGGUAUAUUAUACGUUGCAACUGGACUCCCAGCCCAAGACACUGACCGUUGGGCGGCCGGCUCGCCUGCUCUGUUCCAUAAGUCACGUCUACCCUCACGGUGCCCUGACGCUGAGCUGGUUCCGGGGAGAUGAACCGCUGGAGGCUUCCAGGGAGCUGGAGGAGGAGGAAAUGGAAGAGGAAGAAGAGCAGCUGUUUGUCUACCGCUCCGAACUGGAGCUCCCAACUGUGGCAGAAGCUGUAGCUUAUAAAUGCAAAGCAACUUUGAAGAUUGACGAGCGGAACUUUGCCGAAGAGAAAGUUGCUACGGCCAUGGCCAGCCCCAAAUCCACCUCCACGCUGGAAUCCCUAACCAAAGACCAUAACUCCAUCACAGGGGUCAACAAUCUCACUGGAUCUUCUGACCCAACAGACCAAGAAUUAACUACCAAGCCUCUUUCCACGGCCAACGGUUUCUCGACAGGAGGGACCACAGAAAAAUUAACCACUAAGCCUCUUUCCAUGACCAGCGGUUUCUCCACAGGAGGGAGCACUGAAGAACCAACCACUAACCCUCUUUCCAUGGCCAACCGUUUCUCGACAGGAGGGACCACAGAAAAACCCAAGGACGCCUGCCGCCCCAUGAUCGUACCAGUGCCUGCCGAAGGAACCAUGGGAAGCACCCUUCGCAUCACAUGCCAGACCUCAGAGUGCCGCAGAGGUGUCCAAAUCCAGUGGGUGGAAACCCCCGUGGCCCAGUCACGGUACCGCCUGGAGGAAGCCGAGGGCCAGUCGACCCUGAUGGUGGAGAAUGUCAGCUUGGAGCACCAGGGACUCUAUCGAUGCGUUGCGAUUGCCAGCCCACCCCGGAUAGCCAGCCUGCGCGUCGUGGUGUCUGCCGCCAAUGUCAACACAGAUGCCCUUUUCACCAUCGGAGCCACUGGAUCCCUCUUAGGACUGAUCAUCGUAGGCUACGUCUCGCAUCGAUGGCGGCAACGGCGGCGGUGGUGA